AUGAAUAAAUUUAUAAAGGAAAAAAAACUGAUGAGAAUCAUUUUAUCUGUGUUAAGACCCAUUGAUACUACUACUACUACUACUACUACUACUACUACUACUACUACUACUAAUAAUAAUAAUAAUAAUAAUAAUAAUAAUAAUAAUAAUAAUAAUAAUGACAUAAUUAGGUCAUAUGCUCAAGAAAAGAAUAAAACUGAAAAAAGAGAUAAAAGUAGAAACGAUUUUCAUUUUACUUAA